AUGAAGUUUUUAGCUCUAAUAUCAGGUGGUAAGGACUCAUUUUACAAUAUUUUUCACUGUUUGAAGAAUGAUCAUGAAUUGAUUGCCCUAGGAAAUCUGUACCCAAAAGAAUCUGAUAAGCAAGAAUUGGACUCUUUCAUGUUCCAAACAGUGGGUCAUGAUCUAAUAGAAUAUUAUUCUGAAUGUGUUGGUGUUCCACUAUUUAGACGCUCAAUAUUACGUAACACUUCUAAAAAUGUCGAGUUGAAUUAUACUGCUACUCAAGACGAUGAAAUCGAAGAAUUAUAUACUUUGUUGAAAACUGUCAAAGCUAAAAUUCCUGAUCUAGAAGCCGUUAGUGUUGGAGCAAUUUUAUCGUCGUAUCAGAGGACCAGAGUAGAAAACGUUUGUUCUAGAUUGGGCCUCGUAGUUCUAAGUUAUUUAUGGCAAAGGGACCAAGCUGAAUUGAUGAGUGAAAUGUGUCUUAUGUCUAAAGAUAUUAACAAUGUUGAAAACAAUACAAAUUCAGGAAAUAAAUUUGAUGCCAGAAUUAUCAAGGUAGCAGCAAUAGGAUUAAACGACAAACAUUUAGGUAUGUCACUACCACAAAUUGAACCAGUUCUGCACAAACUGAACCAACUUUAUCAAGUUCAUAUUUGUGGAGAAGGCGGGGAAUUUGAAACAAUGGUCUUAGAUGCACCUUUUUUCAGACAUGGAUAUUUGAAGUUAACUGACAUUCUCAAAUAUAGUGAUGGUGAAGUUCACAAUGCUAGAUUAAAAGUAGAAUUUCGGCCACGCCAUUUGAGCAAAGUUUUUUUACAAACUCAAUUAGACCAAUUACCUGUACCUUUGAGCUUUCGCAGUGGUUGGGAAGCGCCGACUCAAGUCUCGAUGAAAAAAUCAAUCGAAAUAAGAGAAAGAAGAUUCGAAGGUCCUACUUCAAAUACUAUCGCACGAACAUCAAUCAAUAAAAUCAAUGACAAGUUGUACAUCUCAAACCUACAAUCACGUGAAAGUAAAACAGUGGAAGAACAAGGUGAUGAUAUUUUCUCUGAACUUGCUGAUAUUUUGCGCUCCAAUCAGAUACCUCGUAAUCACAUUUUAUCAUCAUCGCUACUAAUCAAAGACAUGUCUAAUUUUGGCAGAAUAAAUAAGAUUUACAAUGAAUUUCUAGAUUUAACAAAAUACGGUCCGUUGCCACCAUCAAGAGCGUGCGUUGGUUCGAGGUGUUUGCCUGAAAAUUGCCAUUUGCAGUUAUCAGUUGUUGUCGAUUUAAAAAAUACUUCUAACUGUGAAAUUAAUAGGAAUAAGGGUGGACUACAUGUUCAAGGUCGAUCAUAUUGGGCCCCAUGCAAUAUCGGGCCCUAUUCUCAAAGUAUUUGGUUAAGUACUGACGCAAACCAAGUAAGUUAUAUUAGCGGCCAAAUUGGACUAGUACCACAAUCUAUGAAAAUGAAAGAACCUUCCACUGAUCAAACUAUUUUGGCACUACAACACUUUGAUACAUUGUGUAAAACAAUAGGUGCCCAAGAAAAACUAUAUAUGACUUGCUACAUUUCAGAUGAGUCUAUUCUCGACUAUGUUUGCAAAACAUGGGCGCUUUACUGCUCAAGAUCGAAAUAUGAAUCUGAUCUAUGGAAGAACAAAACAGAUGAUGAUAAAGAGUGCUUAAUUAUUGUGAAAAUAUCUGAAUUACCAAGAGGUGCUGUUUCAGAAUGGGGUGGAGUUACUUGUAAGAAAUUAAUUGUUGAUGAUAUUGAUGUGGAGGAACAAGGGGGCGCAGAGAAUAAAAAUAUUCUACACAGUUUCCGGAAACUAAAUUUGAAUAUUGAAUAUUUCCAUGACAUUGCAGUUAGUUUACCUGGAUCUCAGAAGCAUUUCACCACCGGAUUUGUGGACGAUAGAGAGAAGUUAGCACUUGUACUAGAAAGAACCUCAAAGUCAGCCCAGGUGACUCUCUAUUAUAGUCCUGGAGAAACCAUUGCAUUCUACCACCAUGUAGAAUACUAUCCCGUUGAAAAAAUUUUCGAUUGCGAUGGUAAAGAACACCGCUUUGCAUUACACAUUCGUUCCUAG